AAAUAUCCUCGGCCUCCAUUUCUCUCUCUAUAUCUCUCCUGCGUUUUAGACCUGAAGUGCAUGACGCUUUGCGCAGCCCUCGAACUGUCUGGGUGUUUAAUCAAUCUCGUCCGUUCAUUAUUGUAUCCAACGGAUCAGACUAGUCGGUGUGUGGUUACCCCCAUCUUCCUCAGUGGUUUUAAUCAUAAACCCUAGCCGAUACUCUUCCACGCUCUCUUUCUUUGCGGCUACAACUCCUUCGAUCCUCUAUUCUCUCUCCUCGUCCCAAGUAGAUCUCACUAUGAGAUUCGGUUCUUAUUUCGAUUCCCAACCUAUCUUACUGAUUUUCGUCUAUUUUAUUGGAACUUUAUAAUUUGUAUCAGACUCGAUCCCUGUCUUCCUUUCUCGGGGAAGAUCCUGAUUUUCGCUGCCAUGUCGUUUCUUCUCUUUGUUACUGUAUUUUAACUCACCCUGCGCUUAGCUCAUACAAUUUCUGUGUUCGGGUCAAGGGUCGCUCCGAUUAUGCUGGAAUAAUCCGACUGUCGGUUGAAUUUUCUUUGUUUUCAGUGUGUAUGACACAAUUAGGCGCUGGGGAAUCCGCUGGGUUCGAUUUUGUUCUGUGGACUUAAGUGUGAGUCAACUCAGCUUCGACUCGGUGACUAUCGUCUAGAUAAGAUCGAGUCUCGGGUUGUAUCUUUUGGAAACCGUACGGCAAUGCCGGCGGUUGGGAUGAGACGAACCACGAGGGUGUUUGGAGUCGUGAAGGGAGCUGACUCCGCCAGGGUCUUGAGGUCGGGGAGGCGCCUUUGGCCGGAAUCUUAUGAUGGGAAGAUCAGGAGGGGUAACGAUGCGGAUGAGUGGUUGAAGCCGGUAAAGACUCCUGGGAAAGGCGACGCUUGGGCUCGUGGCUUUGUUAAAACAAAGCAAGAAGUCGCAGUUAUAGGAAAACAUGCAGAUUCUGGUACGAAGAAGACGAAGCCAGUGAAAGAAGGCAGAUCUUCACGCGGCGGAAAUGGCCCCAAUAAAAUGUGUCGUCUUGUAUAUAGUAGAAAAAGAAAGACACCGGUCGCUGAAAGUUCAGACUUUUCAGUUGAUGUAGGGGCCAAACGAAGUCUGGAAGAUGACAGGAGGUGGGGCUUGUAUUUUUCUCGUCGGCAACGAAGGAAACUCAUUGAAGAUAAUCAAGGUGUGCUUUCUGUUGUUGUGAGGCCCUCUUAUGGCAACAGCCAUUGGCUUUCGUCUUUCUUGGCUUUGGUGUUGAGUUACAUUCGGCGGGUUGGGUUGACAUUUAAGGAUCUUUCGGCCUUUAUUCUAGUUGAGCCCUUUUGUGGUGCCUAUGCUUCCCGGGGUAUACAAUUUCUACAGGGACCGCCUACUACGAAAAUUGGAAUUUGCAAAUUUUUUGGGAUCACAGGAUUGGACCCAUUGUUCAGUGUGGAUUUCUCUGCCGUCCCUCUUUCUUUCUUGCACUUGCAUUCUGCAAUGCUUUCGAGAUCUUUUUUUAGGUCAUUUUUACUUGUAAAUAAUUUAAUUUGUGUGCAUAGUGACGAUGAGGUGGAUAGUGACAACCAAGAACUUGAGAUUGAAGAGCCGAAUUCAUGCCAUUCUGUCGAGACAGAACCUUCUGGGAGUGUAUCCAUCACUCCUGAUGUCAUUGAAAUCAAGGACAGUUCAUCGUUACAAGCACCUGUUAGGGGUUCCAGGAUAGCUGGCAGAAAUGGACAAUACAGAAGUAUUCUAAAUUCUAGAGGAAUUCAGAGGAGGAGAAGUUCACUUAGGAAAAGGAAAGCUCGAAAUCCUUCAUUGUUGGGUGUGCAGAAAACCCAUGCAGCGUUGGCUUCUGAUUUAGGGGAUGGCAGGAAAAACAGCACUCCUUUGACUGGUGUAGCUUCAAGGAAGAAGCUAAGAAGUUUGGUUCACAGUUAUUCCCCUGGAAGCUUUAAAGAAAUGAGUUCUUCCUUGGUUGAUUCAAUUGAAGACCUGGAUUCAUCUCUCUGUUCUGCAAAUCUAUUAAUCACGGAGUCAGACAAAUGUUAUAGGGUAGAGGGAGUAAUAAUUACUCUUGAAAUGUCAGCUUCAAAAGACUGGCAUAUCACAGUGAAGAAAGAUGGUUUAACAAGAUGCACUCUCAGGGCAGAAAAAGUUAUGAGACCCAAUUCUUCCAAUCGGUUCACCCAUGUGACAAUGUUUCCAUUGGACAAUGGUUGGAAGUUAGAGUUUGAUAGGCGACAGGACUGGAUUCUUUUUAAAAAUCUUUAUAAAGAGUGUUCUGAUCGCAAUAUUUUAGCUCCUGUUGUCAAAUUCAUUCCUGUACCAGGUGUGUGUGAAGUCCCUGGUUAUGCAGAUAGUAAGAGUGUUCCCUUUCACAGACCAGAUAGCUAUAUUUUAAUGAGUGGUGAUGAGUUAUCUAGAGCUUUGGCCAAGACGACAGCAAUAUAUGACCUGGACUCUGAAGAUGAGGAAUGGCUAAAAAAGCUCAAUUAUGAGUCUCAAGAGCGUGUUUCAGAGGAUAAUUUUGAGCUAAUUAUUGAUGCUUUGGAGAAGGCAUAUUAUUGUAAUCCUGAUGAUUUUUCUGACGAGAAAUUGCCUGCCAAUCUUUGUCAAGAUCUGGGAAGCAAUGGAAUUGUGGAAGCUGUAUAUGGCUAUUGGAUGAAAAAACGGAAGCUAAAACGUUCAUUGCUGCUUAGGGUUUUCCAGGGUCAUCAAUCAAAGAAAGCUCCACUUAUACCAAAGCCUUUGCUAAGGAAGAGAAGGUCCUUCAAGAGACAGCCAAGUCAAUUUGGUAGAGGCAAGCAACCAAGUGUAUUGCAAGCAAUUGCGGCUGAACAAGUUGCUUUGGAAGAAAAGAACGCGAUGAUGCUUAGGGUUGAAGAGGCUAAAGCUUCUGCAGACAAAUCCAUGGAAUUAGCAAUACUGAAACGCAAAAGAGCUCAGGUUCUCAUGGAGAAUGCUGAUUUAGCCACUUACAAGGCCACAAUGUUAAUUAGAAUAGCCGAAGCAGCCCAAGUUGCAGAAUCAACAGAUGUCUCGGCCGGUUUCUUUCUUGAUUGAUGGUAGAGGAAUUGCUGAAGCUAAUUAUAACAGUAUUUUUAUUACAGGAAAUGUACACAGCAGAUCUGUUGGUGCUGUGUUUUUUUUUUUUUUAAUUUAAGUGUAAUUUUGUAUAGAUUUUUAUUGUAUGUACAUUCUGUAUGAAGAUAUUGACCUCCCGGAUCUUCUGUACAAUUAGACUAGAUUACAUCUAAUUAGAUUUAAAGGAAGAAUUUAAGAAAAUGAAAAAAAAAAAAAAGAAGUUACACAGGAUUUUCAAACUUGUGUC